AACGCGGAAAGAGCAGACUUUGCAGUUUGAGUCUCACUCCCCUACGCCUGCCACUUCCUACAAUCCCACUCUCAUUAACUGCACCCCAUCAUUUUCCAGGAGCGAGACGAGGAGGAGGAGACUGUAUAAAAAUAUUUAUGAUAUAAGUAACUGUUGUUGUCCUGGAACAGGGGUCCCAGAGACAGGGCUGGCUACAAAGGGUACUGCUAGCAAGGCAAGUUUUCGCUGGAGAAAGGACUGUCCUGUUCGAUUUAAGCAUUGUUUCCAGCGCGUUUAUUAUGCCAACUGAGAAAGAACGAAUUUUCAGAGCACUUAAAGACUUAGUGCAAAAACCUGGGAAUGGGAUCUGUGCUGACUGCCAACUGUCAGAACCUGAAUGGGCCUCAACCACUCUCGGAAUCUUCAUUUGCCUAAAAUGUUCAGGGAUCCAUCGGAACAUUCCGGAUGUGAGCAAGGUCAAAUCUCUAAUCCUGGAUCCUUGGGACGAUGCUCAAAUUCAGUUUAUGGCCCAGCAUGGAAACGAAGCUGCAAAGGAGAAGUACGAAGCGCAUGUGCCGAUAUAUUACUACGUCCCGACUUACACGGAUUGUCAGGUCCUGCGAGAGCAGUGGAUUCGAGCAAAGUAUGAACGCAAGGACUUCAUGGAGCCUAAUAAACCAUUGGCCUAUGCUACAGGCUAUAGAGAAGGGUUUCUGUGGAAACGUGGCCGGGAUAACGGGCAGUUCCUGAACAGAAAGUUUGUCCUAUCAGAGGCCGAUGGAGUGCUCAAAUACUUUGCCAAGCACGAUGCUAAAGAGCCCAAGGCAGUGAUUAAAGUGGACAAUAUCAAUGCAACCUUCCAACCAACCAAGAUUGGGAAUCCCAAUGGCCUUCAGAUCACCUACUUGAAGGACAAUAGCACUCGGAAUAUUUUUGUGUAUCAUGAAGAGGAAAAGGAGAUUGUAGAUUGGUUCAAUGCCAUUCGUGCUGUCCAGUUUCACUACUUACAAGUGGCAUUUCCAGGGACAAGUGACCACGAGCUGAAGCACAAACUGACGAGGAACUUCCUGAAGGAAGGCUACAUGGAGAAAACAGGACCCAAGCAAACCGAAGGUUUCAAGAAACGAUGGUUUACACUGGAUCAUCGACGCCUGAUGUACUACAAAGACCCUCUGGAUGCAUUUGCCAAGGGUGAGGUCUUCAUUGGCAGCAGUGACAACGGGUACCUGGUCAAAGAGGGUCUUUCCCCGGGCGCCCAGAGCAGUCCAGGAUGGCAGUAUGGCAUCACCAUAGUAACGCCAGACCGGGACUUCCUGUUCACGUGUGAGACAGAAAGCGAGCAGCAACAGUGGAUGGCAGCCUUCAACAGUGUGAUCAGUCAACAGAUGUCACCCCAGGAAUAUACAAUGGAAGCCAACUUCAAACACAGACGAUAAAGCGCCAAAAAAGCUGACCUCCAACCUUUAACUUCUGACCUCAGCUUUACAGACAAGUUACAACACAAUGUCGUUGCUAUGGUGCUGGAAGAUGAGAAACUUCCCAUGUUUACCAGCGACUCAGUUUAGUCAGAGAGUGCAAGGCAUUUCCCCUGUGAUCUUGGCUUCAUCCACUGGCAGCAGGCCUCUGGGAAUGUUCUAGAAUGUACAUCGCUCAGCCACGUUGAGGGUUCUGGUUCCAGCGUGGAUCUGAGCUGACUCAUCUUCAGGGAUUGAACAGACAAUGCAGGAACCAACUUGGAUGAAACAGAAACGUUCCACCAUCUAUUGGACAGAGAGCUUACUGUACCGUCCUGUCAAGGAGAUCGACAUGCCAAGGGACUCUCUGAUAAUCCCGCCACCGUGACACAAAUACUCAGCAGAACAGUUUGUCCAUUGGGACUAAUCUAGGGACAUAAUAGAUUGGAAACGGGGAAAAACUAGAAUAAUGGAAAGGCAUUCUUUUGCCAAUUAGCUGAGGCGCAUUUGUAAGGACAGUGUAGAGGAAGCUUUACUCUGCAUCUAACCCUGUGCUGUCCCUGCCCUGGGAGUGUUUGAUGGGGGACAAUGUGGAGGGAGCUUUACUCUGUAUCUAACUAUGUGCUGUCCCUGUCCUGGGGAGUGAUCGAUGGGGUUCAGUGUAGAGGGAACAUUGCUUUGGAUCUAAUAGUAAAACCAAGCUGGGUGCAGGUAGACCUGUUGUACAAAGAACAAUGCAAAUUACAGCAUAGGAACAGGCCCUUCGGCCCUCCAAGCCUGUGCUGUUGUCUUGUACAUUGUCCCUUAGUUUGAAUGUUUGUCUCAUGCUCCCCACCAAGCUGCACUCCUUUGUUUGUCGCACAGCCAGUGGACCAUUGAGCCUCCUGCCAUUGCAUAUUAUGUAUUUCUGUAGCUUCUGUGAUAUGUUGACAGUUAGCUCAGUUGGCUGAAUGGCUGGUUUGUAAAGGCAGAGUGAUGCCAAUGGCAUGAGUUCAAACCCUACACUGGCCAAGCUUACCAUGAUGGUCUCACCCCUCACUAGGGACCUAGUGACCCUCAGGUUAAGCCACCUCCAGUCAUCUCUCUUAUUAGAGAGUAGGACAAUGACAGCUGUAUGUUUUUGGUUUGGUGAGGAUCUGCACUGUAGUUGUUGCUCACCAGGGGAUGUUGUGGAUCUCCUUGACCCUAACCCAAUCAUUUACAAUCACCAGUUGACCCUAGGUCCUUUAAUCCCUCACAGCGGAGGCUAGAGUGCCAUUAGUCUGGAAGCUUAAACUAGAAGUGUGUUUGUUUCCGCAAUACUGGCAUUCCCUCUCUCUCUCCUUAUCAAUGGCAGCAUCUACCACGUGUCGUAUUUCUGAUCAUCCCGUCACCAUUCACAAAUUUCUCAAGCAACUUCAGGCAGCUACAGGGAUACCUCAGGUGGCCAAGCUCAGGAGAAAUGCUGCUCUCUGAACGGUCAACACUCUUCAUGAAAACAUUAACUGCUUCUUUAGAAUAUAUUAAAUGUUCAAUUAAAAACACAAUCUCCC